AUGAUGAGCACGGCAAGUAAUCAACAACAAACGGUGACACUAUCAUCCGAUGAAUUUUUAUCGUCAACAUUAGCGACAGCUCCUCCUCUAUUAAUACCACGUUCAUCAAUAGUUGAUCAUCGAUUAAAAUCUCGUACCAUUGGUAUUGAUAUUGAUUCAAAUAAAUUAUCAACAAUUAAACGUUCUCAAGCUAUAUCAAAUAUACAAGAUUUAGAUGAAGAUAGUCCGGUGACAUUUGAAAUCGAACCGAGUGAACAUCAUCAUGUACGAAAAAAAGUUCAAUUGCUAAAUUCAACGUUGAGCAAUCGAGCAAUGAUAAUAGACUCAAUUUUAUCUAUUGAUAAAUCCAGGCCAACAAGUAAUAAUACUGGUCUUGAUGAAUUAGGUGAAAGAUCUAAAAGUAGUGAAAAGUCACCAGAAUAUAUUGAAGAAGAACGACCUAUUUUAUCCGGUAUCAUUGUUAAAGGAGCAACACUUAAUAGACUGAUUCGCAUUUUAAUAGAUUCCUUUCAAAUAAACGGAACAGUUAUUGAUGACAGUGAAUAUCCACGAGUAUUUUUUCUUAUGCAUAAAUGGAUCAUGGAAUCGGAAUAUUUAAGCAAUAUGCUUUAUGAUUUAUAUAAACAUUAUGCAGAUGAUUAUAAAAAAGAAACAAAUUCAAAUGAAAAACGUCAAUUCAAAGAAAAUCAAAUACGUGUUUGUCACGCUUAUAGUUAUUGGAUUAAAAAUUUUCCUACGCAUUUUGGUCUUGAUAAACGUUUAAAAGAAGCUUGUGAAAAAAUGAAAAAUCAUAUUGAAUCAUCCGGUGAUACUGAAUCGAUGAAUUUAGUUGAUCUAUCACAGAUACCAUCAUUUGAUUGGAUGCGUCAAAUGACCGUACGAAAUCAAGUAAAAAAUAAAAUUGUUUCACUCGGUUUUAAUAAUAUUGAAUCACAAACGUUAGCAGCUCAAUUAACUUAUUUAGAAUGGAAAAUCUUACGAAGAAUAAAUUUUACUGAUUAUAAAACUUACGCAAUUAAAAAUACUUUACAAGAUAAUCCACGUCUGGAACGUUCAAUACAAUUUUUUAAUGGUUUAUCAACAUGGAUACAAUGUAUGGUUUUAAGUAAAAUGACGCCAAAACAACGUGCAGAAAUUAUUCAUAAAUUUCUUGAAGUUGCAAAAUAUCUAAGAGAACUGCAAAAUUUUAAUACAUGUUUAGCAGUUAUUGGCGGAAUAUCACAUAGUGCAUUAGCUCGUUUAUCAAAAACAAUGAUGUGUUUAUCAACAGAAGAUAUUAAAUUUCUUGGCGAAAUGACCGAUUUACUUUCAUCAAAUUCAAAUUAUGCUCAAUAUAGAAAAAGUCUAUCAGAAUCUGAUGGUUUCAAAAUACCAAUUAUUGGUGUUCACUUAAAAGAUAUAAUUUCUCUUCAUGUUGCAUUACACGAUCGUCUUGCAUAUGAUUUAAUUAAUUUUCGAAAAUUAGUUCAACUUAGUAUUGUAUUCCGAACAUUAACGAAUAUACAAGUUUCUGUGCCACCUGUUCAACCUAAUCAUGAUCUGAUUAAUUUACUUACCCUUUCUGUUGAUUUGAGUUAUACAGAGGACGAAAUUUAUGAACUUUCAUUAGUACGUGAACCUCGAACAUCGGUUUCAUCGCCCGAUCAAGCAUUUCGAGGUCUAUCUCCUGGUGAAUCAGCAGCUGAUUCUACAUCUGAUGUUUAUAAGAAAAAAGAACAAAUACAAAGUCCUGUAUUCGCCGAUUGGGCAGCAGGAGUUAGUCAAACCAUUGAUAUUCAAACAAUUCAACGUCAUGUUAAUGCUAUGGUUGAAGCUGUUUUUACAACAUACGAUCAUGAUCGUGAUGGCUAUAUAUCUCAUAGGGAAUUUGAAGAAAUUGCACAGAAUUUUCCAUUCAUUGAUACAUUUACUGUACUUGAUGCUGACCAAGAUGGAAUGAUAUCAAAAACAGAGAUGCGUAGUUAUUUCCUACGAGCUAAAUAUCAUGAUUUAAAAGGUGAAUUUAAACAUGAUUUUCAUGAAACAACCUAUUUUAAACCAACAUUUUGUGUUCAUUGUACUGGACUUCUUUGGGGUCUAAUUAAACAAGGUUGGAAAUGUAAAGAUUGUGGCAUUAAUGCUCAUCGUCACUGUAAAGAUCAAGUUGUAAUGGAAUGUCGACAAAAACGUCCGAAUCCUGUGAAUAAGCAAGGUUCAGUAACUGAUGCUCGUUUAAGUCGUAGUUCAUUUCGUAUACGUAAAACUCGAAAACAAAAAGGAACACAAACUGAAGAUAUGAAUUUUUCUUCUUCAACAUCUUCAGCAACAUCAGAAAGUUGUACAAGCUCAUCGGAUGAUGAACAUCAUCAUCAUCAUCAUCAUCAUCAACAACAACAACAACAACAACCAAGUCUGGAUAAAUCUACGCAUCAUCAUUAUUUUCAUUUACGUAAACCAUCAUCAUUGAAAGGUCGAAAACAAGUUUUAUCCGAUUCAAAUGAUGACUAUUAUUAUACACAUCCACCAUCUCCACAACAAACUUGUUCAUUGACAACAAUUACGACAACGAAUAGUGCAACAUCAGUAAAUACAGUACCCACUCAACAAUUGAUUCCGCGUGGACCAUUGAUUUGUUCGAAUAGUUUUGAGAAAUGGAAUGAUCGUUGUUUUGCAAAGAAUCGCCAAUUGCCAACAACAGCAUUAUCACCAACAAUGCCAAUUUCAUCAACAGCAACAUCAGAAACAACUAUACUCCAACAAAAUUUAGAUGUAAAAUCUAUUCAACAGCCGUUGUAUGGUGAUAGUGCAUUUCUCGAAGGUGAUGUUAGUGAUGAUGAUACAUGUUUUCCAUCAAAUACACAUGAUACAGCAUUACACCAAUUCAAAACGACACCAAGCUAUGGUAGUAGUCAAAAUUUGCAUCAAAGAAAAUUAUCAUUAACUGAAUCAUUACGAUCAUUACCCACGAAAACUGAACCCAAUCAAUAUGAAAUUUUUGAAAGAUUAAGACAAGCUGAAGAAGAAAAGCAAAGACUCGAAGUAGAAAAUCGUGCAAUGAAACAAGAACUUGUCCGAACAAAAUCAAAAAUAAGUUCUUUAAAACGUGAAAUGAGUUCAAUUCAACAAUUGCAUCUAGCUCAACAGCAAGUUCAAUCUCAUUUAUCAGCAUCGACUAUUAUAUCUCCAGAUCAAGAGCUACAUCAUCACCAUUCGCAUCCAACAAAUCAGCCAUCAUCAUCACCAAUAUUGCCUUAUUCAAACGAAACUCUGGAUCGACUAAACCAUAAUCAUCGUCGUCAAAAACUAACAAUUGAUGUGAAAAAUCUUUCCAUAUCUAGUAAUGAUGAAUCUUUGUUUUCUCCUCUAUAUCCUACUACGAAUAUAUCAUCGUCAACGCAAACACCUCCAUUAAAAAAAUUCUUAACAUCGACUGAACAAGAAACUCGACAUUCAACAAGCGUACCAUCUUCAUAUGUAAAUGCAGAUUCUUUGAUAACACCAUCCGAUGAACAAUUACGACUUUAUCUUACGGAAACGUUACAACGAGAAAAAGAUAGUGCUGUUUAA